AUGCCGUUGGUGAAAGCGCACCAGCCGCUUUUUGUCCUCCGCCGGCACAACAGCGCCGUCACGACGUGUGCACUCGACCCCGCGGGUGUCUUUCCGCAUCUUCUCCUCAGCGGCGACGUGGACGGCGUCGUGCUGCUGUGGGACCUCGAGCUCCGCACGGCUCUCACGGCCUUCUCUCCCACUCACUACACCGCACAGAGUGGAGAGGAACAGACAUCAAGGGUUGGAUUUGCCAAUAACGGCAUCCUCAAGGUUGGAUUCCUUACACUCAAAGGAUUCUCUGGGGCAGUGGGAGAGGAGGGGUUUAGUGUUUGCUUCUAUACACAGUGCAGGAAUCAAAAAUUAUACAUAUGGCGAACUAGUUUUAAUGAUGAUGAAAAUGAAAAUGAUAUUGGGGAAAAUGAUCUCAUGAAUACACAUAGUGCGUCUCUUGAGUUGCUAUACGUAAUUGAUGUGCCUCAACAUGGGUUUUGUGCUGUCCCUAGUGUUUCAAUUUCAACUAGUGAAGUGUUGUUGGCAGUUCCUCACGACAAUGGAGGAGUUAUAAGUUUAUGGAAUGUUAGUGUUAAUAACAAUCAAGAAGAGUCUCUGGGAGGACUAAAUGUUGUCUGUUCUAGGACUUUUCCUGCUGCCGGUUCUGAAACAAAGUGUGGUAUAAUUAUGUGUAUAAACUUCCGGGACAGUAAACAUCUUGUUGUGGCAUUUGAAAGUGGGCAUGUAUCACUCAAUCGUACAGGUGGUGAACGAUUGGCUAUUGUUCGUGCUUUUUCAGAAACAGCAUUGGCAUGUGUGUGGUCAGAAAAUACUGUUCUGGUAUCUUCAGCAGAAGGACAAUUACACUGCUACACUGUUGUUGGAGAUUUAAAAAAAGAUGAUGAGGUUACUAAUACUGAGAGUGAUACUAUUUCUUUUGUAGUACAAUGGGAAGCAUCUCUGCGAAAAGGAUUGGGUAGCAUAGCUCUUGAGCGUCAUUUAGCUAUUAUUGGAUCGUGGGAUCAUACCUUGCGCUUAUAUGAUGAAGGAUCAGGUAGUGUUAUCUCCAUCUUAACAUUUCAUACCGGAACUGUGAAUGAGAUUGCCAUAGCUCCUUUACAACCAUCAUCCUCAGUAACAGCAAUGCGGUGUUCUUUGUUUGGGUAUGAUGUUAGGAAUCCCCGUUGGUGUGAUACUCAUACCAGUAACAGUAGUAGUAAGAAUAAUAUUAGCAGCAGCAGCAUUCAUGAGGAUGAGUCUGUGUAUCUUUUUGCUUCAGCUAGUGGGGAUUUUACUAUUGCUGUUUGGCGUGUGGAUUUUAAGGCGCUUCAUUCAGUGGCUAUUACUGCAACGUGA